AUGGAGUCGGGCCUGCUGAACUCUACCUGUAACAUUAGGUCUGAUGCCAGUAAUCUGAACAUGAGCAGCGCAGAGGAUCUUCCUCGCCUUCCGCGCUUCACCACUGCCGCUCAGAUGCGCGUGACUCUCACCCUCAUCCUAUGCGCGCUGUCCACCUGCUGCAACCUUGCCGUGCUUUACUCUGUCAACCAUAACCACCGAAAACACAGAUCACACAUCCGACUGAUCAUCACUAAUCUGGCGGUAGCGGAUUUACUGGUGACGUUCAUCGUCAUGCCGCUGGAUGCGGUGUGGAAUAUAACGGUGCAGUGGCUCGCGGGAGAUCUCGCGUGCCGGACACUGAUGUUCCUCAAACUCGUGGCCAUGUACUCGUGCGCUUUCCUGACCGUGGUGAUCAGUCUGGACCGACAGUCUGCCAUUCUGCACCCUCUCUCCAUCAAUAAAGCGAGGAGGAGAAAUAAAGUUAUAUUGAGUGUAGCAUGGACCAUGAGUGUUGUGUUAUCAAUCCCACAGGUGUUUCUUUUCCACGUUGUGGUGAUCGAUUUCCCUGAGCAGUUUAUCCAGUGUACGACCUUCGGCAGCUUUAGCUCACGCUGGCAGGAGACACUUUACAACAUGCUUACCUUCACCUUCCUCUUUCUUUUACCUCUCUUCUUCAUGAUCUCCUGCUACACCAGGAUACUGUUUGAGAUCUCCAAAAAAAUAACAGAAGAUAAAUUGCUGUCCAAUCAAAUCCAGCUGCGUAGGUCUAAGAACAACAUCCCUAAGGCACGCAUGCGAACACUGAAGAUGAGUGUGGUCAUUGUCCUGUCAUUCAUGGUGUGUUGGACACCCUACUACAUGCUUGGCUUGUGGUACUGGUUCUGUCCUGCUAGCCUGGAGGAAACGGUGUCUCACAACCUCUCACACAUGCUUUUUAUCUUUGGUCUGUUAAAUGCUUGUUUGGACCCCAUCAUCUAUGGACUCUUUACCAUUCCACUGUGCAGAGGCACAAGGCACCGACGGCAUGACAAUAACAUGGUAACCUUUGAGCAGGAGAACACUAUUAACUCUUUGAUGACGUCCUUUAGAUGCUCUGCCUCCUCUCUCACCGUAAAAAGACUGGCAGUUCAGCACACUUCUAGGGAAAAGCUAGAAUUAGACGGAGAGCAAAUAUACAGGAUUAGAGAUGAUGGGGAGGAAAUAAAAAAUGGUGUGGCCUUUUCAAGUCACUCCUCCUGUAUAGACUAAAGGACAGGCAAAAUUCAUUACCUCUUCAACUCUGCGUACCUGCUGGUGGGUCCAAAAGGGGGCACUAUGUUGCGAAAAAUGUUUACGCUUAAAAUGUUCAAGUCUUCGAAAACAUAAGUCAGGCACAUGUGGUAUCAUUUGAAAGCUUAGAAUCUGAACUUUUCACAGAUAACCAUAACUUCUUCAUUUAUGUUUCAUAAAAUAACAAAAUAAGGCCAGAAAUCAUUCGUGUCGCAUAUCAGAGCCACCUAAAGGUCAUGUGGUAGAAAUAUUAAUAUGGAUAUAAAAGUCUCUAAAAUAGCAUUUAAAUAGACAAAUAAUAUAUCAAAAGAAAGCUCUCAUUCUCAAUGCGAUUGUACAGUUUUAUUUUGUUGCCUUAAUACCAUAGUUUAAAAGAUUUUCAAAAGAAUCACAAAGUCAGAUAUAGUAUUUGUAAGACAUCAAAUACAGAUGUCUCUUUUAUGCACCAAUCACUGCUGCUGUAAGCCCCAAAUAGCUAAAAAUGUUAUAUCUGCUUUUACCUUAGGCAGUUUUCUAAAAAAUUAGCUAUCUUUUACUUGUCUGUGAGCUUGCUUGUGUGAAUAAUCCAAUAUUAUUUCUUAGAUGCCCAGAACAAGAUAUGCGGUCCAGCAGGAAAAGCAUGCUAAACGAAUCAUCAGAAAUAUAUGUUACCUACUAUUGAAGGGGAGGGGAGGAUCACAGCUUUCCCAACUUUCUAAUUACACCUAGAUUGAGCUUCUAGUCCACUCAGAGGCCGAGAUAUUUGAUGAAACAAUGAGGGUGGUGCAUGAAAGACCAAUCUUUGGCAAUUAGUCCACAGUAUGUGUAUGUAAAAUGGGAACUUUUAAAUUUCAGUGUGAAAACUGUAGGCAACAGCCCAAAAGUGCACCAGAGUUGAUGAGGAUAAAGAGUUGUCUAUGUCUAUGAUAGCUUUAAAUUUUAUUUCAGUUAAAGCCAUCACUGUUAUAAGCACUUUAAGCUAACACAAGUAUUUGAUAUAUUAUAAAAUAUAUACAUUCUUUAAAGGAACAUUUCACCCAAAAAAAUGAAAACUCUCUCAUCAUUUAACCACUGGAAUCAUAUGGAUUACUUCCAUUCUGACUUAUGUGAUUUUUGGAGUUUCAAAAUGUUGGCACCCAUUCACUUGCAUUGUAUGGACAAAAAGAACUGAGAUAUUGAUCUAAAAAUCUUCAUAUGUGUUCUGCUGAAGAAAGAAAGUCAUAAACAUCCGGGAUGGCAUAAGGGUGAGUAAAUUAUGAGAGAAUUUUCAUUUUUGUGUGAACUAUUCCUUUAAGGAAAGGGCAGAUGUAACUUACUGUAAUUGGUUUCUUAAUAUGAAUAUUUUGUGGUUGAUAAGGGAUCUCUGUUGCACGCUGUACCUUGAGUUGACUUUAUAUGUUGUAUAUUUUUGUUUCAUUAAUGCCAUAUAACUGAUCAAUUAAUGCAAAAUGACAAUUUCUGUGCAUACUUUGGUAAAUAGCAUGUCAUUACAGUAGUUUUUUUUUUUUGUUUUUGUGCAUUUAGAGUGUAAUGGAUUGCGUGUAAGGUCACAUGCUUUUCUCCAUCAGACGUAACAUGAGCACAAAUCCAUUUUCUUGAUGUGAAUUGAACUAUUUAAAAAGAUACAGAUAAUUAUUAUUGUUUUUUGCUUAUAGCAUCCCUAUUUUUGUCUCAUGGUCCAAACGUUGCAAUGACAGUAAAUUAACAGGAAAUUGAAGCCUUGAGGGGCUUGGCAGAGAUUGUUAAAUCCAAGCGACUCAAUGUGGUCCGGCUGUGAUUCACAUCAUGGUGUGUUCCACAACUUUG